AAAAGAUUCUAGAUGCACAAAUUAGAGUGUAAUAUAGCAAGAGAACCUCAAGAGACUGAACUAGCAGGCAAAGAAAUCUAAGAAACUAGUGAAAUGGAAGGGCAGCAGAAGACCAUGAAGUGCUCAUGGAAAUUCGUGCUCCUGCUGGUAUGCAUCUGCCUGGCAGUGCAGUACAUAGCUAUUCACUCCAUCCACAAUUUCCUCCCAGGACCAUAUCUGGACUCCAACCUAUGCCAGCAAUGCUCUCGUCACAGCUUGGAAUCCUCCUACAACAACUCUGUAUCCAGUAAGAAUACCAUUGUCCCUGCUCGAAAGCACAUUCUUCUUUUUUCACAAACCCGCAGUGGCUCCUCCUUUACUGGUCAGCUGUUUAACCAAAACCCAGAUAUCUUUUACAUGUAUGAGCCACUUUACCAUACCCAGCAAGCCAUCUGCAACUACAGCGAGUGUCUCUGGAAGCCCAUGGAUAGAAUUGUGGAGGUGGUCAAUAGGGACCUCCUCUUCAACCUGUAUACCUGUGACCUUCAUUUCCUGGAGGGCUACAUCAAGCCAGAACCUAAAUAUCACCUGACAGCUUCACUCUUCCGUCAGAGUGCCAGUCAUGCUCUCUGCUCACCACCUGUCUGCCAAAAUCGUAACAUGGAGGUUAUGAAAGUGCAGCCAAAUGAGAGCUGGUGUUACAGAAAUUGUAGAGUCUUAAACUUCACCUUAGCUUCCAUGGCUUGCCAGUUAAGACGCCAUGUGUCCAUCAAGACAGUGCGGAUCCCUCAGAUCAGUCAGCUUCGCCUCCUCACUGAAGACCCACGAUUAGACCUGAGGAUUGUUCACCUAGUUAGAGACCCCAGAGCAAUCUUGGCAUCACGUAUAACUGCAUUCCCUAGUAAGUAUACUGCCUGGAAGAUCUGGAAUGCCACAGACAAACAGCCAGCUUCUGUGGACUUAACACAGAUCACAAAAACAUGCCAAGACAUGGAGGACUCUGUGAAUAUUGGUCUGGAGAAGCCAGCCUGGCUGCAUGGACGGUAUUUACUAGUACGCUAUGAGGAUUUAGCGCUUAAUCCUGAAGCCAAGGCCAAGGAGAUUUACAGAUUCCUGGACCUGGAUAUAAGCAAUAAAGUCCUUGAAUGGAUAUCUCAAAACACCAAUGACACUUCUAAAAUUAAGUCAGUGUACUCCACCAAAAGAGACUCCAAAUACGCAUCAGAACGCUGGAGACUUAACCUAGGCUUUGACAUUGUUAAGACAGUGCAGAAAUUGUGUAACAAUACUUUGAACUUAUUGGGCUACAAAAUAGUACAGUCUCAGGUGGAACUGAGAAACAUGAGCAAUAGUUUGGUGGAACCAGAAACAUUUAAUUAGAUAGUGAAGAAAAAAAUGUGAAGGCAAAGGUCCCAACAAUCAUGUUGAACAUACAUACUGAUUUAACCUCGAUAAUCUGAUUUAAAAUGAUCUAAGCCUUAAACUAUGUGUGAAUGUGUGAGUGGUAAGUCUGGGGUCGUCUUGCCUUUUAACAUCACUGUUAUAAAAUCGACAAACUAUUAACUGUGCUUUUCAAACUGACCAUGAAGGUGAACACAGACUCAAAAUAUUAACAGUAUAAGGGGGAACUCAAAACAUGGCAAGUAAACACUCAGAAAACAACUAUGGUUAGCAAAAAUACAUGCUAUCAAAUAGUUGCAAAACACAAGUGAUUAAUGAGAAAUCAAAAAAAGAAGUGAUCAUAAUGGUCAUGGUCAUAAAAAUGUGAUAAAAUGUAAGUCA